CGCCAUGUGCUGCCAUCAGUCAUGAUGCGGUCAGGAACCUCCAAGGGGCUAUUUGUGCACCGCAAACACCUUCCUCAAGACCAAACGGAGUGGGGCCCUGUACUACUCAGUGUCAUGGGCUCACAACGAGGUGAUCAAAAGCAACUCGAUGGCGUUGGUGGUGGGACUUCGACGACAUCUAAAGUAGCGAUUGUAUCCAAGUCUACAAGACAGGACGCCGAUGUUGACUACACCUUUGUUCAGGUCGCCGUCGGAAAGGGUCAGGCAGAUUUUUCUGGAAACUGUGGCAACAUGGCCUGUGGUGUAGGACCAUUUGCUUUGGAUGAAGGGUUGGUGCAUGCACUCCCUGGCCAGACCUCGCUUGACGUGAGAGUCUUCAACACAAACACCCAGAGACUCCUAGUAGAAACUGUAGAAGUAGGUCCAGAUGGGAGGUUCAAUGAGUUUGGUCAUUUUCGGAUAGGAGGUGUGAAGAGUGAAGGUUCAGAGAUCGAAGUCGCUUUUGUAGAACCAGCCGGGAGCAUGACUGGCAAACUUCUCCCAACCGGCAACGCGCAAGACACGAUCACCGUCUCUUCACUACCAGCCCUCGGACAGUUCAAUGUUCAGGCCAGCUUGGUCGAUGCUGCGAACCCAUUCGUCUUCCUGGACUCAAGUUCUCUGCCCCCAGUAUAUCAUCUCUUGGGGCCCGAAGCACCCGAAACCUUGGAAGUCAUCGAGGCCAUCCGUCAGGAAGCAGCCGUACUGUAUGGCCUGGCAAAGGAUGCAGCUGCGGCAUCACUUGUCCGAGGAACACCAAAGAUUGCAGUUUUGUCGCCGUCUGUAGGUUCGCCUGCAGAUUUACGGACAAUACAAGUCCAGUCUUUCAGCAUGGGGAAGCCGCACCCUAGCUUACAACUGACUGGUGGUGUCUGCUUGGGGGCCGCUGUUUGCACGGAAGGGACUAUUGCAAAUCAACUCGCAGCUGAGACUGACAUGGUAACACCGCCGGGGACGCCGCCUAGAGAGCUAAAGGUCUACGACACUGAGGGGAGUGCAGGUGUGAGUAAGUGCAGAGUAAACAUUAAACACCGCAGCGGCGAAAUGGGGGUUCUUGUUCAAACGAGGAAGGAUGACGCAGGUGGAACAGAGAUAGAGAAGGUCUCGGUGUCAAGAACUGCCCGGCGCCUGUUUGAGGGGAAUGCAUACUACAAC